GGCGUUAGCAUCUCAAGUUUCACACUCACUGAAAAUUAACCACUUUCUCUUGCAAAAUUAUAAAUUAUCCUUAUCUCAGUUAAAAUUAUAUGUUUUUUGCACAUCUCUUUUUCUAUGUAGUUAGAAAUUUUUAAUUUAUUUUUAUACAACAUUCAAAUUGUAAAAAAGUCUUCAAAAACCAAAAUACCUGUCUCGUACCUGACCACACUUAAUCUAUUGUGAUUUAAUUGUUUAACCUUUGCAAAGUAAUAGAGAAUAAGGAUUAGUGCCAAUAUAAUUAAACGGAUUUAUUGAGCCAGCAUUCCAGGAGAAACUGACUGAAAGUACCUGACCUCCGUCUCAACGUCCCCCAAAGGAGAAAGUAUACGACUUCAUUAAAUUGAGAUUGACUGUGUGACGUUGGACGAACCCUGACUAUCAGAUCGAGCUACAUUGGUCAAAAAGAUUCAAGAGUUGGAUUCAAGUUGACGAGAUGGAUAAUUUUACCCUGAUCUCAUUGGAGUUUAACAAAACGACGUCAUAUGGGUCGGAUGUUGUGGACGCCAUGUACGGCGUCGAGGGAGGAUCUAUUGUGACGACGAGCGGAAAGGAGUUUAUGAGUGACGACAAGGAGCUUCCAUACGGCUUGAGAGUCAUAUGUAUCAUCUCUCUCUUCCUCAUAUUCACCAUUGGGGCGAUUGGAAAUUUAAUGGUUAUCGUGGUUAUCGGCUGGUCAAGGGAUAUGCGAACCUCAACAAAUAUAUUCCUUGUAAACCUAAGCAUUGCAGAUAUGUUAGUGCUGAUUGUGUGUGCACCAACGUUCCUGAUUGAAGUGACGCACCAUCCUGAUCGGUGGAUCUUAGGAUAUCAUCUCUGUAAAUUCAUCCCCUUGCUGGAAGCCGUAGUUGCCAAUGCGUCCGUCCUGACAGUUUUAAGUCUUUGUUUCGAGCGAUACUAUGCGAUCUGCAGGCCUCUCAGAGCAAACUACAUCUGCACCAAGUCAAGAGCCGUGUGCAUCUCCGUGGCCGCGUGGGUUUUCGCGUCAUUUAUCACAAGUCCGAUGAUCUUUAUGACGUCCUACUCUGAGGGGGUGAACGAGCGAGACCAGUGGACAGCUAGGUGUGAUGUGAUGGCUGGGUCAUUUUGGGCCGAUUUUUAUACUAUUUCCACAAUCAUCUUGCUUUUCAUGGUCCCAUGUGUCAUCCUGCUGGUGACAUAUGGCGUAAUUGCGAAUCGACUCAGAUCAUCAGAAAAUGAUCAUCCCAGUUGCAAUGUCAAAAACGAGAACCACAAAGCAAGAAAACAAGUAGUUGUGAUGUUGUUCUGUAUAACAAUUCUGUUCUUUAUCUUUUUAAUACCGUUCCGCAUUUUGACUCUCUUCGUCCUUCUCGCGGAUACGGAAGUUCUGGGAAACCAUAUUGAGGCGUACAACUACUUUCUCUACUCCUCUCGAAUAAUGCUGUAUCUUAAUAGUUGCUGCAAUCCAAUCCUGUACAAUUUAUUCUCAUCCAAAUUUCGGAGCUCAUUCCUGCGGUUGUGCAACCGACACCGAAAACCAAGUCCAUUCACAAGAAACGGAACCUUUCUCACCAACACAACAAAUUCUACCAAUCAAUCCAUCAAUCUUGGUCAUCAAUCUGGACUCGUAAUCUCAACCAAUGGGAAGAAAGGGAGCGACGAUAGGUCUCCAGAACUCAAUGGAUCAUUGAUGCUGAAGAAAAACGGAGUUUCGGAUGGCAAAACGCUAAAAAACUACUUAUUGUCUCAAUCUCACUCUGCAUCUGCAAACGGAUUUCUCAUUUCUCACCGAACCCCAGGGGCACUUUAUAAUGGGAUUGGGACCACCGUUGCUGCAAACGGACAGUCCUCGUUCCAUCCGUUUCAAAAAUCUCCACCAUCUUCAUCUGUCCGAGGUAAUGCUACAAACAGCAGUGUCAAAAUGCACAAACUUUCUGAUUUAUCAUCAUCAUCGUCGUCCGCAACAAAUUCAAAAUCUGGUAACAAUAACUACACGUCUACCACGACCACUUUCGGUGGGACCAUGUCCAUCAAGUCGGACGCAAUUUACUCAGCUUACAUCCCUGGAAGAAGGAGUGAAACAGUUUUGUAGAUUUGAUUACUGUCAGACUUGCUGAAUUUUAUUCCAUGCUUAUAUUUAUUUAUGCAGCCCUGGACUGGGGAGCCACACACACACAAACACAGGCUUAUUUCGCUAUAACCUUGUAGGCGUGAACCCUCAUUCGAACUUUGUUCAAGGUUGUAUUGGAUAUUAAGGGCGGUGACCAAAGAUUCUGGAAAUUGAAUGGGCAUAUUUUGCAAAGAUUUAUUCAAUUCUUAUACGAGUGUUGAGGAAUUUAUUCCAUUGACCGUGCCCAGAUUAUGAUUUAUGAAGGGUUUUGAGUGAAAUUCUUCUUGGACCAGAUCUGUAACUGGGUUGUGCUUACGUCACAACUCAUAAUGCAUGGUCAAUUAUUACCCACAUAUUGUUCGGUACACACGUGCUAAGUUGAUGAUUGUAUAGUUUGAUGAAAAAUACAACUUGAGAAGUUUCGUCAACUCAGUAUUUUGACUGCUUAAAAAAGUUAUAUAGUUUGACUAGUAAAAAUCAAGACUGAUAAAACAUGAGGUUAUGCACGUGGAGACCAUUGAAUGGAUGACUUUUUGAUACAAGAAUACUAAAAAUAUUAUGGAUAAAAUAUGUAUGUACCAGUGUAAUCCAAUUUUGUUGGAUUGUAACGAAAUGGGAUGAAAAUGGGAGUCGAAUUACUUUUUCUGGCUUCACUUUCUCUAUUCUUGUCCAUCUCAUCCUUCCGGCAAUGAUGCCAGAGAAGCUGAAGUCAUUGUUGUUCGUUUUUUUUCAUUUCGUUCGAGAUUCAAUGUACACUAUUUGAUCAAAUACUACUAUUAAAUAGAUUAUUAUUAAGUAAAUUAGAUUCACCCACACAAUAUGAUCUCCAACAGUCUCUUACGACACGGGAAUGGAUGAAUGGAUUGAUUCUCAGUAAUUUAUAUAUGAUGUAUUUAUAGAUCAGAAGAUCUAUAGAUUAUAAUAAGAAGAUUUAUUACCGUGAUUUUCUGAUAUUAUUACAUGUAUUGCAUAUAUAUCUCUAAACAAAGUAAAAUAAAAAUUUUAAACCUAAAAGUCCCAAAGCUUAUUAAAGAAAGUUAGCUAAUUAAUGUAUCUCAACAGUAUUUAUGUACGUCUGUACUACUCUUUCGCCAGUGUGCAUAUAUAAUUAGACAAUAGAAGCAGUAGUUAGUGAGCUUUUUUUCCAGCCAUGUAUGUAAGAAAAACUAAAACAAAAUAAAAAUGCUUUUGCUAUCAUUAAGUGAGCUCUCAAACUCGAUUUUUGUAUGUUGUACUUAUCUGUGUAACUAAAUGUAAAUUUGUCUGUAAUUAAUCCAGUGUAAUAAAACUAAUAAAGUGACAAUUACAUUUUCC